AUGAUAAUGAUUUCUCUGUUGAGUGAGGCUUGCACGAAGAUGGGUCCCGAGGCCUUUGAAAUUAUUAAGAUUAACAUGCAGAGCCUGAGGGGCGAGACGCCUAGUACCGUGCAAGAAGAGAAUGCGCAACUCCGAGCGGACAUCGAAUUGUUGAUGGACUGUAUCGGAACAGAGGAGGACACACAGCGCCAGUCUGAAAAGGAGUCGAAAAUGAAUCCCAAUAGAGGGGUUCCGGAUAACUCGUUCACUGGUGUCUCCUAUAAACCUAUCAUCGGAGGCAUUGCUGGCAAGCAGCAGCCCUGCUCGAUACCAAAACGCGCCGUGCGUUCGUAUCUAUUCUCACCACCUUCCGACGUGGUAUCGAACAACAUUGCGCCCGAGGAUCAAGUCCACUUGCAACUCAUAGCCAAGGACAUCCAUGAGCUAAAGGAGCUUGCGAUGAACGCGUUCGAAGACCGCCAGAAAAACUUCAUCGAUUCGAACAUGAAGGCGAUGCCGCGCUUGCCGAAGCAAGUUUCUGACGUUCUUGGAAGCCUAGACGCGACCAACAAGGAACUCAUCGAGCUCCUCAAGCCGAAGACACAUACGCAAAUUCCUGGCGAUGUUGCAUCUGCAGGAUCUGGUGUUGAUCCUAGAGCUCGUGUAGAACCUGGUCCUUUUCAGUUUGGGAAUCAUAACACAGUCAGUGCUGCUCCAGCCCGUUUCACCUUCGGUGACAUCACCCAGCCUAGCUUUGGUGCUUCUUCAGCACCGAACGCAGCAGCUCCCGGUGCUGCAGCAGGAUCAUCCGAGCAAGAGCCCUCGAAAGACGAUCAAAUCGCAAAUCUGGAGAUGCAGCUGCAUAGACUGCGUCGACUCAAAGAGGAUAACUACGAACAAUUCAAGAAUACCCAGCAUGAGGCUGCGAAAACUCUGCACAAGAUUAUUAGAGAGAAGGAUAAGGAGAUCAACCAGAAGAAUAUCCAGCUCACGCGCAAGGAUCUAGACAUCUCUUUCAAGAAUGGUGAGAUCGCACGCAUGAAUGCUCAAGUCUUGAGCAAAGACAACGAGAUAAAGCGUCUUCAGGAUGAGCUGAAGGUCAAGACUCGCGAGCAGCCCAUCCCGGUUGGGCUUCUUGGUUCUUCGAAGCACGUAACUGGAGCUUCUUCAUCCUCUGACAGUGGAAUCUUCGGCACUACAGCUUGUCCGCCCGGAAAACAACCAGCCUCCGGUUCGUUGUUCGGGAGUGGAAAGGCCGUCGGAGAAUCUGUCUUCUACAACCCUAAGACAGGUUUCUCGCUUGGUCCUCCUAAAGACCCAGCACCCGGUUUAUCUAGCAGUGCAGCUCGUCACUCUGAGCCGCUGCCUACCUCAGGUCCGCUUUUCGGUGCCCGUAAGAAGCCAGGGUAUGGUUCUCUUUUUGCCCACGUCGAGUCUUCCUAUGUUUCUCCUUGCGACAAUGAUAUUUUUUAUCAGCAUCGUGGGCAGGCCACCUUUGCUCAGUUACUCUUUGGCAGCACUUGGAAGCCUUCGACGGGAAGCUCCUUUGCCACCCAUGGGGGGCUCUUCAGCCAUGUGGCACGUCCGUCUGAUGGACAGUACACCCCUGGUUCUGUCCUUGGCAGUGCUGAGUAUCGCGACUCCGAGCCUUUCCUAACAACUGGUAGGGCGCUUUACAACAGCCUAUCUCAUCCACCUGCUGCCCACCGUCCGUUCUCGAUCACGGACUCGACAACGUGGCAUCUACCCUCUACGGGUGGUGGCUCCCGAUUAUAUGGUGGUUUUAUCCCAAACCGUGCAAACCAUCGAGAGCGUCACGAAGAUGUUGACUUGGGUCACCAGAAUCCUCGCACGGCUCAGGCAGAGAGCGGGGAGAGCGAUGAGAAUGAAUUGUAG